UCGGUUAUUUCAGCUGGACAGUCGUUCUUGUCGCAUUAUGAGACGCUAAAGAACGAGAUUAGUCGCGCUGAAGCGCUGCGGUCAUGUGACCUGCAGAGGGCGCCAUUACUCGACCGUUAUUCCUGCGUGCGCGCGCCUCCGCCAGUCUCUGUAUCUGCGGCACACAUCCCGCACGAGUCCUGCUUUUAACGGUAAUAACGGUCGUUAGGACGGUUUUCGCGCGGUUAACGGCCGUUAUUAUUCAGCGUGAAUGUGAAGAUCGCGCGAAUUUUGCUGCGCGUUUGUUCCAUUAUUCCGUGCGCGCCGGUAACGCGGGUCUUACAGCUGCGAGCGAUUCUUCAGUAAACGCUUUGAGACACAGCGAUCUUCAUCAUCUUCUUCAUCAUCAUCGUCAUCUCAGGUCAAUCUUCCGUCGGUGUGUCGAACAAUAACGACUGAAGCGGCGCGUAACGCUGUGUGUCAGCUUUGAUCUUGAGUCGGUGUUGUGUUCUCGCUCGUGUCGGUCACUCGUCCUGCAGCAGCGCUCCAUCAGAUUCUCUUUUCAAAUGCUCCAGCGAGUGACUCCUGACAUGUAAAUGGCUUCGAAGGUGCGUGAUGCUGUGCUCUGGUACCAGAAGAAGAUCGGUGCGUAUGACCAGCAGAUAUGGGAGAAAUCAGUGGAACAGCGAGAGAUCAAGUUUAUCAGAGGGGGUCUGAGGAACAAACCGAAGAAGACCGGUCACGUGAAGCCGGACCUGAUUGACGUGGAUCUGGUCAGAGGCUCUGCGUUUGCUAAAGCGAAGCCGGAGAGCCCGUGGACCUCUCUGACCCGGAAGGGCAUUGUUAGAGUGGUUUUCUUCCCAUUUUUCUUCCGCUGGUGGAUUCAGGUGACGUCGAGAGCCGUGUUUUACCUGCUGCUGUCUCUCUACCUGCUGCAGGUGCUGGCGGCGGCGUUGUUCUUCAGCGUCUCCAGUCCUCACGAUGUCCCCGUCACCGAAGUGUUUGGUGCCAUCUGGCUGAUGCUGCUGUUAGGAACCGUUCACUGCCAGAUCGUCUCCACACACACUCCUAAAGCCAGCAGCGGCGGGAGACGACGCAGGAAGUUGAGGAAAGCGGCUCAUUUGGACAUUCAUAGAGAAGGCGACGGCUCUAGCACUACUGAUAACACGCAGGAGGGAUCGCCGCAGGGCUCGCUGUCCGCCGGCUCACACGGCCUCGUCACUUUCUUCAGAGAUUUCUGGCAUGGUAUCUUUAAAGCAGGGUCUAAGAAGUCCAAGCUGUCCAUCGAUAAGUCUACAGAGACGGACAAUGGAUACGUGUCUCUUGACGGCCGCAUCACCAGCAAAAGCAGCGAGGAGGGUUUACAGCUGCACGAGCCUCACUGCGACCUGCUGCGCUCCGAGACACACUGGAGCCUCCCGCACACCCCAAACCAGCGGAUCCUGCCGCCCACGGGCCAGUGUCUGUCCGAGGCUGCGGUUCCUCGUGGGGGGGGGAACAUGUCGGGUGAAGCGUCCAGUGAAGAAGACCCAGAGAACUACAGCACGCUGCGCAGGGGACUGGAGCGCAAGAACAGCGACUGCACGCUGCGCAACAGGAAAGCACACCCCUACAAGAAGCAUUACACUGCUGAGGAGACGCUGAAGUCGGGCACCAGCUGCAGCUCGCGGUGCUCCAGCUCGAGGACGCAGGACUCUGAGAGCACACGACACGAGUCUGAGACAGAGGAUGUUCUGUGGGAGGACUUCCUGCACUGCGCCGAGUGCCGCUCCUCCUGCUCCAGCGAAACAGACGCCGACGGAUCCGCCAUCUGCUCUGCCUCCAAGAAGGAGUUCAGAGACGACCCGUUCCAUCAGGGUCACGUGCCGUGGCUCCACAGCUCUAAUCCAGGCCUGGAGCGCGUCAGUGCAAUCGUGUGGGAAGGAAACGAAUGCAAGAAAGCAGACAUGUCUGUGCUGGAAAUCAGCGGCAUGAUAAUGAACAGGGUCAAUCUCUACACUCCAGGGAUCGGCUAUCAGAUCUUGGGAAAUCUGGUGUCUGUGACGCUGGGUUUGACUCCGUUUGCGUUCAGAUUGUUCCAGCACAAAGAUCCGGAGCAGCUGGUGUCUCUGUCGGCCGGUGAGCUGGUGUCUGUGGCCUUCGGCUCGUCCGCUGAUGCUCUGGUGAUGGCGAUGGUGAGCGUGAGCUUCGUGGUGCGCGUCUGUCUCAUCUGGCUCUUCUUCUUCUUGCUCAGCGUUGCUGAGAGGACGUACAGACAGCGGCUGCUGUUUGCGAAGCUGUUUGGUCACCUGACGUCGGCGCGGAGGGCCAGAAAAUCAGAAGUGCCUCAUUUCCGUCUGAAGAAGGUGCAGAACAUUAAGAUGUGGCUGUCGCUGCGCUCUUACCUGAAGCGUCGAGGUCCGCAGCGCUCGGUGGACGUGAUCGUCUCCUCUGCGUUCCUGCUCACGCUCUCGGUGGUCUUCGUCUGCUGCGCUCAGCUGCUUCACGUGCACGAGACGUUCCUGGAGUUUCACUAUAACUGGGAGCUGGUGAUCUGGAGCGGCUCGCUGUCGCUGUACCUGCUCCGCUUCGUCACGCUGGGCUCCGAAACCAGCAAGAAAUACAGCAACACCUCCAUCUUACUCACAGAGCAGAUUAACUUGUACUUAAAAAUGGAAAAGAAACCGAAUAAGAAAGAAGAACUCACUCUGGUCAACAACGUCCUUAAACUGGCCACCAAAUUACUGAAGGAGUUGGACGCUCCGUUCCGUCUGUACGGUCUGACCAUGAAUCCUCUGCUGUAUAACAUCACUCAGGUGGUGAUUCUGUCGGCCGUGUCGGGGGUCAUCAGUGACCUGCUGGGCUUCAACCUGAAGCUGUGGAAGAUCAAAUCCUGAGUUCAUCUUCAUCUCAAACACAUGGUGGCGCUGUUUCCCCUCGAUGGGCUCCUGACGAUGAACUCUUGACCUGGUGUUCGGUCAUAUCAGAGUGCUUGUGCAAUUCAGCUAUUUAUUUUACCCUUUCAGUGUUUGUUUUUUAUUCUGAAGUAUUUGUUUUAGCUGUUACAAUUGUUUUAAGUAUUAUUUUAGCUCCUGAUGUGACGUUCUCAUAGGAAAGAUGAUCAGCGCAGUCUGAUCUGUGAGUUACUGAAACCAACAGAAAAGCCCCAUCAUGACACACACA